UUAAUAAUUAACCGUUAAUUGUUGUUCCUGCUGUUGUAUUUCUGGUACUGGCAAGAAAUAUGCCGCCUAGGAAGGUGCAGCAGAAGAAAGGCGUUCGCGUACUGAAGCAGGCUUCCAAGCGCCCCUCAACUCAGCAUCACCAGUCGUCUGAUGAAGAGGAGGAUAUGGGCACCAUUCGUGCUUUGGUGGCGCGAGUAGAUGUGCUGGAAAGGGAGCGUUUGCAGCCUUGCGACGCAGGGGCGGGGCCCAGUACUGCCUCCACAGGUAAGAAGUCUGCCCGCCUCGUGGAGAAGUGCACUAAGUCAAGAAUUCUUGCUUCUUUGGUUUCUAGGAUUGGCGUUCUUGAAGCUGCCGCACCGGCGCAGGAGCCUGCGGUUCUCCCAUCCCCAGUGGCUUCGUCUGUGGUUCCGCUUGCGUCCUCCUUCCCCGUGUUUUCACAUCCUGCUGUAGAUGGGUUGUUGCAGGGACAGGCUCAGUCUCCACAGUCCAGCGUCUUGCCCGGGUCGUCCGAGUCCUCUGCUUUGGUGGCUUCGCCGCUUGUUGCUUCUCCGGCUGCUUACGCAGGCAUUUUGAAUCUUCCAGUCCCGGUGCGGAUCGUUCUGUGUGGACAUUCCAUCUUGUUUUGGGCGCAUCGGAGGGCCUCUUCGUCGUUUUCUGGGAUGCAGCUGCAGCUUUCUGCAUCAGCGACAGUUAGCUGGGAGGCGCGGAGGGGCAUGUUAUGGGAUGCGUUGUUGCCAUUGGUGUGCCGCACCAUGGCAUCAGCGGCACAGCCGCAUAUUUUGUUAAUUCAUUUGGGGGAGAAUGACCUUGUGCAGCGCCCUGAAGAAUUUCCUGAGGUUCUGAAUGAGAGCCAGUGCCUUCUGGGGGCUUGGGUGUCAUGUUAA